AUGCCGCCUCGCAAGGCGUCUGCCUCGGCAUCAAAGCCGACAUCUUCAUCUUCUUCUUCAUCCCGCGUCGCGUCGGCAUCGUCUCGCGCGCCUCCAAGACGGACAGCAACAAGGAAACAGGUCGUCGAGUCGGAUAGCGACGAGGAGGAUGAGGAUGGGGAGGAUGAGAUGGCAUUAGGCUCGCCAGACGAGAGCGAAGAGGAGGAAGAGGAGGAGGCCGAGCAAGUCAAGCCCGCUCGCCGUGGUGUAGCAAAGAAGGCUCCCGCCCCAUCAAAGACGAAAGUCUCUCCCUCGAUGAGCAGACGCGCAGCAAAGUCGCUGCCUCGAGAUGAAUCGCCCAUUGAUAAGAUCGCCAAGCCAUCCUCGUCCUCUUCAAGAGGCUCCCGCAAGGUCAGCGCUAGAGCCACUCCACCCGUUGACGAAAACAUCAAUGCCAAUGUCGCAGACGACGACUCGCAAACCCCGGCAGAGGCAGACAAAUCCGACUCCAUCGACGCUGAUGCUACCUUUGUCGCGCCGACAAGAGGGACGUCUCCCGAAGACUCCGUCCAAGGAACUCCCGCCCGUCCAAGAGCAUCUCAGUCGAUUAUGGCAGACACGCCCGGUACUAGCAAUGGUAUCCCCUCAACCCCGCUCGCGCCCAAGCAGCCAACAAAGCGCCUCGUCAUCCACAAGCUCGUCUUGCGCGACUUCAAGUCGUAUGCUGGCAAUCAGACAAUUGGUCCUUUCCACAAGUCUUUCUCCUCAGUAGUCGGACCCAACGGAUCGGGCAAGAGCAACGUCAUUGAUGCGCUCCUCUUCGUCUUUGGAUGGCGUGCUAACAAGAUGCGACAGGGAAAGCUUGGAGAGCUCAUCCACACCCCCUCAAUGGCAGACGUGCCGCGUCCCAGCGAGACGCAAGUCAGCGUCGUCUUUCGCGAGAUCGAGGAUCUGCCUGGCCCAGAUGCCUACCGAGUCGUUCCCAAGUCCAAGCUCGUUGUCUCACGCACUGCUUUCUUGAACAACACCUCGGUCUACCACAUGAACGGCAAGCGAUCAACCUUUACCGAGGUGACGACGCUGCUGCGAGACAAGGGCAUCGACCUCGACCACAAGCGCUUCCUCAUUCUGCAAGGUGAAGUCGAGUCCAUCGCCCAAAUGCCACCCAAAGCUCGCAACGAGCAUGAAGAGGGUCUACUGGAGUACCUGGAAGACAUCAUUGGCACUUCGCGCUUCAAGGAGGAGAUUGAGACUGCAGCGAAGACCGUCGACGAGUGCAACGAGCAGAGGGGGGAGAGAUUGAGUCGCCUCAAGAUUGUUCAGCGAGAGAAGGAUGCAAUGGAAGGCAAGAAGCGCGAGGCAGAGUCGCUGCUACGCGAUCAAAAUUCCCUCACUCGUCAUCAGUCGAUGCUCUGGCAGGUCUACAUGUGGGAGGCGAGAUCGGCCACUACGGAAGCCCAGGACUCUAUUGCUACGCUGACCGAGCGCAUUGCCAAGGAGCGUGAGAAGCAUCAGGACGCUCAGGCUAAUGUCGCCGAGCUGGAAGCAAGCUAUUCGGCUGUGCAGAAGGAAUGGGAGUCGAUGAAGAAGGAGAUGGACAAGCUGACCAAAGAGGUCGAACGUCUCGAGAAGGAAGACCUGCAAAUCGGCGAGAAGCGCAAGCACUUUGAGACCAAGAAAAAGAAGCUGACCAAAGCGAUGUCCGACGACAAGCACCACCUUUCUGAGGCUCGAACGACGCUCACGUCAUCAGAAGACGAGAUUGGCACGUUGCGCAUGGAGCUCGCUAAGCUUGAAGCAUCUCUGGAAAAGGAAGAGGCCUCGCUGGACUCGAUCCGAGACUCCCUCAAGGGCAAGACUGGACACCUGACGGAGGCAAUGGAGGCUAAGCAGCGGGACCUUGCGCCAUGGAUGGACAAGGUGAAAGCGGCCGAAAGCCAGCGCGAUGUCAAGGCGCAAGAGGUCGACCUGAUCAAGGGGCGCGAGGAGGCAAGAGAGCGCGACGUCGAGGACGCUCGACGCAAGCGCACGGAGAUCAAGGACGAGCUCCGUGGCAAACAUGAAGAGCUGCAGAGUCUGGCUGAAGAGAAGGAUUCGGUCGUCGACAAAAUCAACGAGAGCGAAGAGCGCCUCAAUGAGCUCAAGACUCGCGAAGCCAAGAUGAAGGGAAAAGUUGCGGCAGCUCGCAGCAAGGCCGACGAUGCCAAGUCGACGCAGCAAGCUAGCGCUUCGCAGUCGUCUGUCCUCACUUCGCUGGCCCGUCAAGCCGAGCUGGGUAUGAUCAAGGGCUUCCAUGGACGAUUGGGCUCCCUUGGCGUUAUUGACGACAAGUACGAUGUCGCCAUCUCGACCGCAUGCCCUGGACUGGACUCUAUCGUCGUCGAGACAGUUGACUGCGGACAAGCCUGCAUCGAGCACCUGCGCAAGAACAAUCUCGGCCGUGCCAACUUCAUCCUCCUGGACUCUGUCUCCAAUCUCCGCGUCGAGCCAGUCGAGACGCCGGAUAACCCGCGAGAGGCCCGCUUUCUGCCUGCCUUUUACCAUCAGCUACGCGAUACCCUCGUUGCCCGCGAUCUAGCCCACGCGAACCGCAUCGCCUACGGUGCCAAGCGCUGGCGACUGAUCGACAAGAGCGGUACGAUGUCCGGCGGAGGUACUCGAUUCGCCGAUGCGGAGUACUCUCCCGAGCAGAUCGCCCGAAUGCAGCAGGAGGUCAUUCAGCUGGACGGCGAGUUACAGACUCUCUCACUCAAAGUGCAGCGCGUCGAGACAGAGCUGCGACAAAUUGAAGUCGAGAUGGAGAAGGCGCAAAUGGCCCUGAAGGUCGGCAAAACGCGCUACGAGGAGUGCCAGGCGCGCGUUGAGGAGCUCAAGGCCCAGAACAAACCCGAUGCAGCGGAUGCGACACGUCUCGAGGAGUUACAGGGCGAGAUCAGCGCCCUUGAAGCGGAGAUCAAGAAGUUGCGCUCCAAGACGACCUCCUUCGAGACCGAGAUCUCUGCGCUGCAGGAGAAAAUCCUCGAUGCUGGUGGUAUUCGCGAGAUGAUGAAUCUGUCUACCGAGAAGGCAACGAAGGCUGAAGUGGCCAAGAGCAAGGCCGACAAAGACAUCGUCAAGUACAGCACCGCGAUGGAGAAGCGUCAGGCUGAAAUUGAUGACUUGGAGGAGGAGAUGUCUGGCCUCAAGGACUCGGCAUCCGACAAGGGUAGCGUGACGUCGAAGGCCAGGGCGAAGCUGGAUGAGAAGGCGCAUGCGUUUGAGGUCAAGCAGGAGAAACGCGAUGAGCUCAAAGAGGCUUUGGAUGAGAGCUCGUCCACUAUCAAUGCCUUCCGUGCGCUUGAGCUUGAGAUCAAGCAGAAGCUCGAUGACAACCAGCGCGCCUUGGCAGAGAAUGGAAAGCGACUCAAGCAUUGGGAGGAGAAGCAUGCUGGGCUUGAGCUGCACUACGUAGGCGAAGAUGAAGACGACAGUGAGGCGCAAGACGACGACGAGGAACAGGAGGGAGAGCAGGAAGAGGCCGAAGCUGGCGCCGAGGGAGGAGAGAAUGAGGCCAAAAAGCAGCCAAAGGCCUCCACGCGGUCAGCUCCCGACCUCAAUCUGCCCAUCUACGAGGACGAAGAGCUCGAGUCCAUGUCCAAGGACGAUCUCAAGUCCUCCAUUGCCACCUACGAAGAGCGCGUUCAAAAGGGCUCGGGCAACUUUGCCAUCCUCGACGAGUAUCGCAAGCGCGAGCAGGAAUUCCUCUCACGGGCCAAGGAUCUUGAACAAACAACCCAACAACGCGACGCGGCCAAGAAUCGUCACGACGAGCUCCGUCGCCAACGCCUUGACGAGUUCAUGACAGGCUUCGGCAUCAUCUCGUCCAAACUCAAGGAGAUGUAUCAGACCAUCACCCUGGGCGGGAAUGCGGAGCUGGAGUUGGUCGACUCGCUGGACCCAUUCUCCGAGGGCAUUCUAUUCAGUGUCAUGCCCCCCAAGAAGUCCUGGAAGAACAUCAGCAAUCUUUCUGGCGGAGAGAAGACCCUUUCCUCCCUCGCACUCGUCUUUGCGCUCCACGCCUUCAAGCCCACGCCGCUCUACGUCAUGGACGAGAUCGACGCCGCCCUCGACUUCCGCAACGUGAGCAUUGUGGCCAACCUCAUCAAGGAGCGCACGAAGAAUGCCCAAUUCGUCAUCAUCUCGCUUCGCAACAACAUGUUCGAGCUGGCCAGCAGGCUGGUUGGGAUCUACAAGACCAACGGGCAGACCAAAUCCCUCGCCGUCGAGAAUACCGAGCUCAGCCAGGCAGUCGCAGAAGAGGCGGCCGCGGCUGCUGCGGCGGUGGCGGCCAGCGCGAGGAAGGCGAGAAAUUUCCCUGGCCCCCCAAGAACGCCAAUGUCUAGCGUCCAACACGCACAGAGGAUGCAGAUGCAGCACCAGGCCAGCUUGGCGAGACGCCGAGGAUGCCCAAGUCGAUCUUGUCGAGGACGCCCAGGGUGCCCUCCAACAACGCCACGCCGCGUGUGCCGUCGAACUCGUCGCAGAAAUCUGCGGCCUGAGUCGUGA